AUAUUAUAUACCUGCACACAGAAACCUCCAAGCUCCUGACCAGCCCAGAAUCCCUACAUAGCACAAUUGACACACGCUAUCUCGAUCCCAGGCAUCCCACAAUGGCCAACGCCGAGUCGCCGUUGGCGAAGCCCUUUCGUAGAAUAUUCAAAAGGCUGCAGUCGAAGCCGAAGCCGCCAACACCCUCCCCUCCUCCACAAGAGACUGGCGAUGAAGCGCGUAGGGCUGGAGACGAGGGCGCCCAGUCUACGCUCCAGCUAGCGACAGACUCGACGCCCGCCGAGCACGCGUCCGCACCCCAACAGGAACCCAUCUUGGCCGUCUCUCAGCCUGAACCAUCACCGCCUGUAAUUUCGGAACUCCCGGAGACAACCCCAGCACCAACACCCGCGCCGGCACCAGUGACAGAAUCGGCACCGGCACCGACGCCAGCGGCGGAACCAGAACUAGCACCGGCACCCGUAUCAGAACCAGCACCAGUACCGAUCCCGGUAGCAGAGCCAGAGCCAGAAUCAACACUAGAACCAGCACCAGAGCCUCUGUCAGAGCCAGCACCGGCACCAGCACCAGUAGUAGAACCAGCACCGUCACCAGCAGCAGAGCCAGAGCCAGAAUCAGCACUAGAACCAGCACCGGCACCCAUGUUAGAACCAACACCGAUACCAGUAACAGGACCAGAGUCAGAACGAGUGCCGGAACCAGUGCCAGCACCAGCAACAGAAGCAGCACCGGGACCAGCGCCUGAACUGGUGCCGGCGCCGGUAACGAAAGCAGCACCGGAACCAGCGCCUGAACCAGUGCCAGAACAGUCACCGGUACAAUCGCCAGAACCGUCGCUAGAGCCGUCGCCGGCUCCAGCCACCGUUGACCCUGUUCCGGAUGAUAAUCUAUCUGUGGCGUCUACACCUUCGCAGCCGCCCGUCGAGACGGACCCGGAAUCCACUGUCCACAGCGAUGCUACCUCCGACUCUGUGCAGGCAGACGAAGCGACGCAGGUCGUUGAGGUCCAGCCUGCCGCAGUUCCCGUCCCAUCCCAGAUAGAGAGCCACAUUCCGCGAGAGAGCGCGCUUGAGACGCCUCAAAGAGCUGAAGAGGCGCCCGUGAGCAUCGAAGAUGUGAACCAACUUGCAGAUGAGAGGGAGGAACAGAACGUGCUAAACCUGCUCUCUUCCGUGAACAUCGACUCCAAGCAUUUGCGGCUGCGAAAACGCAUCAACGACAACGUGAAAACGUCCGGCCAGUGGCUACUAGACGAAGCUGUGUAUAAGCGGUGGAGAAGCACGCCUGAGAAGUAUUUGUGGCUUCAAGGCCGGGCGGGAUGUGGAAAGUCUUAUAUCUGCUCGACCGUCAUCGAAUCUCUGAAAGAGGACCUUGUCAAGGAUCACUCGAGAGCUCUGGCGUACUGGUAUAUCCAGUACGAUCAAGCGGACACCCAGAACGCCGACAAUCUAGUCUCCUCGCUCAUACGCCAGCUGGCCGCCGCGAUGUGGUUGUUCCCGGAGAAGAUUCGAAGCCUCGUGCACGACCACGUCGACCAGAAUUCCCGCCCCAGCAGCGAGGAGCUCGUUCAAGUCCUGGAUUCCAUCAUAUCCACCAUCGACAAGGAGGUAUACAUCGUUAUCGACGGGCUUAACGAAUGCCCGUUGGGCGAGGGUGGAAAAGACAGGAAGGAUCUGCUGGCCGUCAUUGGAACUCUGGUGCAGAGAGACUACGACAAUAUCCACCUCCUUAUCGUGGGGAGAGAGGAGCCUGACAUCAAGGACUACCUGAGCCAGCUGGGGAGCGAUGGCAAGGAUCCCUUCGACGUGUUCAACGUCGAGGAGGGCGUUGCCAGCGAUAUCAAGGCGUUCGUUUCGAACAGGGUAGCGAGCGACAAGCACCUGACCGGCUUAACGAAGAGGGUGAAGAAAUCGAUCUCCAACAGGCUUACUAAAAACGAAGACGACAAAGGGAGCAAAUCGCCAUCGUUCCUCUGGGUAGCGUCCAUCCUCCAGGAUAUGGUGGACUGCCACGGCGACGAGAAGGCGGUGAAGUUGAAGAUGAGGAACAUCGCGCCCACGAUGGAGAAGAGAUACGAAGAGACGCUGCACAAAGUAAACUGGGAAGACUCCGAGAAGCUGAAGACCGUCCUGCAUCUGCUGUCGGAGUCGAUGAGGCCGCUGACGAAGGGCGAGAUCGCACUGCUAUCGGGUGUUCCGAACGCGAAGGAACUCGACCGCAUCUGCCCCGCCACCCUCGCCAGGAGCCGUCGAGAUUACCUGCCGGUCAGCGGCGAGACGCAUGCGCAGUCUCGCGAGGUCUUCGCCUUCGUCCACUUCUCCGUCAAGGAAUAUCUUGAGUCGCCGAGGCUGAAGCAGUCGAAGAACACGAAGCUCGCCCGCUUCUCCACGGAAGAGAGAGAGAGGCACGCGUACAUAGCGAAGAAGUGCCUCGACUGCCUUCUGACCGAGGUGGAGGACCCGUUCACGAGCUACUACAUGGCGGAAUCGACGCGCGAAUACGCGGCGCGGAACUGGUUCCGACACGUCGGGAUCGCGACGGAAGAGGAGUUCCUGAGCCAGUUCCAGGAGUCCCCGAUCCGCCGGCUGCUACAGUCAACCUCUCCGAUCUUCCACUCGUGGCUCCAGGUCUUCAACCCGGACAGCGACUCGGUCCUCGGGACCAAGGAUGCGGGGAGGUGGAAUCCUCGGGACCCCAGCAACUUCGGCCCGCCGCUCUACUACGCCAUUCAUCUCGGGCUGCUCGUCACGGCGGAGCAGAUCAUCAAGGAAGACUACAUAGACAUCAACCUCCCGGGCGGCCUGGGAGGCACCCCUCUGCAGCUGGCGGCGUUCCGGGGGUACAAGAAGACUGUGCAGCAGCUGCUGGACCGCGGCGCCGACGUGAACGUGCCGGGCAAGCAGCACGGUUCCGCGCUCUACGCCGCCGCCAGUCAGGGCAACGUCGAGCUCGUCCAGAAAUUCCUCGGCCUGAGAGCCGACACGAACAUGAGGGAAGACGCGGCGUUCGGAAACGCGCUCCAGGUCGCCGCCUAUAACGGCUUCGACGACAUAGUCCGCCUGAUCAUCGCGCACGGAGCCGACGUCAACGCCGCCGGGGGGGUCAUGUCCAAUGCUCUCCACGCCGCCGCCGUCUCCGGACACCUGCAGACGGUCUCUAUCCUCCUCGAAUGCGGCGCCCAGGUCAACAAGAUCGGCGGCCCCCUGGGCACGGCCCUGCAGGCGGCGCUGACCGGCGGCUUCGACGAGGUCGUGGCCAAGCUCGAGGCCGAGGGCGCCGAGCGCGACCGCCACGGCCUGGCCUGCUGGAUCAACGUCUACGAGUCCUUCGGUGCCGAUUCUUACACCCUCGCCGAGAAUAACCUGGUCCACGGCGAGUUCCCGGAGAUCAUACUGCACGGGCAGCAGAUCCCCAGGGAGCUCGUGCUCGGGGGCCAGAGGCUGGUCGCCGCCGCCCUCGUCCGGUCCCAGCUCCCGCACCUCGAUAUGCUCCAGGUGUCGAUGGACAGGCUCCAGCGGUACUUCCUCCUCAAGACGCCCUUCUACUACCAGCUGCGGGCCAUCCAGAGAGUCAUCCCGCAUUUCGUCGCCGACCUGGCGGACCUGAGCAAGGACGGGUUCAAGUACCGGGCGCUGUUCUGGGCCGGCAUCGACGCCGUGCUCGAGGCGCUGCCGUACCUUGUCGGAGACUUCAUCGACGAGAUCAAGCACAACCCCCCCAACAACUACGACAGCAACAACGACGACCCCGACGCCCCGCAAGCCGACGCCGCCGACUUCCUGAGCUACGCGGACAACCUGGACGCGCGCUCCGAGACCGCGUGGCCGCACGCGCACAAGCCCGAGUACCCGCUGCUCAACCGGGAGCACCACUACUCGUUCACGACGGGGUACGAGCUGAGCGACCUGUCGGUGGUGCAGUUCGCGCAGGAGCGGGCGAAGGCAGAGGCCGCGCCGGAGUCCUCCUCCGCCGCCGCCGCCGCGGAGCUCGUGCCCGGCGGCGUGGCCCUGGGCGGGGUGCUGGAGCUGGUGGCGGAGAUCGUGCAGGUGGGCGCGGCGGUGGACUACUACGAGCGGGCGGUGGCGGCGCUCGCGGACAAGGGCCCGGCGGCGCAGCUGGCCGAGGGCAUCGGCGAGCUGUGCUACGAGCUGUUCCUGACGCUGGCGCGGCUGGUGCGCCUCGUCGACGUGCGCGACCCCAAGGCGAUCCGGCUGGCCGCCAUCCGGCCCAAGGUGCGGCUGCUGCGCGCGGUGCGGCUGGCGCGCAUCCGCGAGCUCGACGGCUUCUGCCGCCAGCAGCUGGCGCUGCAGGCGCCGCCGCCGCCGCCCGCGAACCUCGCCGACGACGUCUCCGCCGGCGUCGCCGGCCAGCUCCAGGCCCUCGUCGCCCAGCAGGCCGCCGAGAUCCGCGACGACGCCGCCCGCCAGCUCCAGGGCCUCCAGGCCGGCCUCCUCGCCGACGUCCAGGCCCGCAUCGCCGCCCACAUCGAGGCCGAGCUGACCAAGUUCUCCGAGCGCAUCAUCGCCGAGGUCGCCGACAAGAUGCGCCUCGAGCUGUCGAAGCGGUUCCCUGCCGCUGACCCCGCCGCCUGAGACCGUCAAGCUACGACAACUACUACGGCUACUGAGGCUCCAGAAGAAUGAUAACGGUGGAGUCGCGGAGACUUUGAGCAGGAGAAGAGGAGG